UGGUUCUAUUGUUAUUUUGCUUCCCCAGGCUUCCAGUUCUGAGACGACUGAAAAGAAUACAGAUAACAGCAUGUCCGUGGACGAGGAAAUCUUAACAGUUCACAUCAGCAGCAACCUUUAUGCAAUUCUUAAGAGAAGAGAGAACUACCUAUGCCGUCUGCUUCAGAAGAAGUUUGGUUGCAUAACUAACCUUAAAAGUAAAAGGAACCCCACAGAAGUGUAUAGGAAAAACUUGAAAGAAGGAGUUGAAGUUUCAGUCUUAUUAGAUGACCUGACCAGACACGAAGCCGAUGCUUUGGUGAACACAGCCAAUGAAAACCUGCAUCAUUUUGGAGGCCUGGCAUUUGCCCUUCUGAAAGCUGGCGGGCCAGAAAUUGAAGAGCAGUGCAAGCGUUUUAUUGAAAAGAACGGACCUCUCCGUGCUGGCCAGAUUGCAGUCACGAGUGGAGGAAGACUCCCUUGCAAGCAGGUGAUCCAUAUAGUAAGCCCAAGGUGGUCGGAAGACCAGAGGGAAGAAUGUUGCCUCAGACUCGAAACAGCCAUUAUAAAUAUUCUGAAAUAUGGUAAUGCGCCAGAAAACAAUAUCAAGUCGGUAGCCAUUCCUGCGCUGAGCUCAGGAUUCUUCAACUUCCCACUGGAUCUAUGCGCUCAAGUGGUCGUUCAGACUAUAAAGAAUUUUAUUCAGCUUGCUCCAUUAUUUGGCUACUUGCAAGAAAUCCACCUUGUGAACACUGAUGAGCCCACAGUUGAAAUAAUGAAAAGGGCUUGUGAAGAGCUGCUUGGUGUGAAUGACAUAGUGCCGCUGAAGGGAGCAUCAGAUUCCAUCACAGUGAACAACCUCUGCCUGCAGAUCAAAAAAGGGAACAUAGAAAAUCAGCAGACUGCCAUUAUUAUCAACUCUGUGAUUGUGCAAGACGAUCUUUCACAAGGAACCAUUUCAAGAGCAAUUCUAGAAAAAGCAGGUCUGCCUUUGCAGGAGCAAUUUCUUUCUGAAUUACAGAAACUUCCAGCAGAUUGCUCCAAACUGGUAUGCACCAAAGGGUACAACAUCACCUGUGAGUUUGUGCUUCAUGUGAUAUGGCCAUCUCAUCACGAGGGCAACGCCCAGCAGGCUUUCUGUACCAAGAUUAUGUCAAUCAAAAGUAAACUGGAAGAAAAAAUGGACUGCUGCAGUAUGGAUGCUAUGGAGGUACAGACUGACAUACAAGCCAAGGAAUGUUCUGGAAAAAAUGGACCAUUUGUAGAACUCAUUGGAUGUAGCCGUGAAACCUUAGAAGAAGCAGGACUGUGGCUCAAGAGCAUAAUACAGGUCGAGGACACGCACCAAAUCCUUAUAAGAAAUUACAGCCAUCUGAGCCUUGGCCAGAGUCAGCCUGUUGAGCUGUCCCAUCUGCAAGAGCAUUUUGGUCUCACCAUCCUGGAGAGUUUGACUAGAGAGGGGCCGGCAUUAGCGAUUGAAGGUCCCCCCCAAGCUGUGAUUGAUGCAACAUUUGCCAUUGAAUUCAUGCUACAGAAUACAACUGACCAAGAACACCUAAAGGCAGAUGGUAUCCUAUCUUGUUACCUGCCUCCAGGAUGUCUGGGAAAUGAUCUUCAUCUAGAAGGAUGCACAGAGGUGGCAAGCAAAUACUGUUACCAAGUCAUUCCAAUAGAGUCGUAUCUCCAAGAAUUCAAAAACAAAGAAAAACAGCUUGAAAAAUCUGGUCUCCGUGUUCUCAAGAUAGAGAAAAUAUAUAAUCCUGUCUUAGAAUCUGCUUUCCAAAGGAUUAAAAGAAAAGUAGAAGGAAAAAAUAGUGGAAGGCCAGUAACACACAGGUUAUACCAUCGCGUUCCAGCUCAGUAUUGCAGUCUGGUCUGCAAAACUGGAUUUCAGACAACUUAUUCAUCUUCACAAGACCAAAAGUAUGGAGCUGGCAUCUACUUCAACAAGAAUCCCAGGAACCUUGUGGCAGAUACCAGGGAAAAGUGUGAAAUGGACCAUCUGCUCUGUGCAUUUGAGGCAGAGGUUGUAACAGGCUUAUACACUAGGGGCAAUCAGAGCUACGUAGUACCACCAUUAAUUAAUGCAAGCGGAAUGAAACUCUAUGACAGCGUAGUUGACGAUAUUCGCAACCCUGAAAUCUUUGUCAUUUUUAAUAGGAAACAGGCUCUGCCACUGUAUUUGUUGACUUGUUCCCUGAUUUGGAACCCAGGGGAGAAGACAAAUUUGGAGUUAUCAGCCUAG